CGAAUCGUUUUUAUAUUCUUGAAAUCACGAAUCUCAGUGAGGCGUGAAUUUGACCGGUCCUUUUCUUCUUGAUCGAAUUGACAGUGGGACUCGGAGAGUAAAAAGACAAAUCCGCUUUUUGUAUUUUAGCUCGGAAAAGGCCACUUCUUGACUGCUAUUUAACUUUUUGUUUGAGUGAAAGUAUGAAUCACCAUUCACCAGUCCUUCCAUGGCAUAUUUUGCAUUGCAUCAUUAUUAUCAUCAUUUACUUUACCCAGAUGUCUUCCAUGAAGGCGACCCUGCUAUCUACCCACACGUGACAACGUUUCCUCCAGCCCAAGCCCUUCUUACCUAUCCUAUCAACCGCUCCACCUCCCACGACAUCUCUGUUUCUUCUCAACCAUUUUCUCGAGGAAGAAAACAGGGGUUUCUGAUCUUUGGUGGGUUUUGUUCCAUUUUCUCUGCUUCCUUGGGGUCCGAUUCAUCUAUGAUCAUCUGCUGCUGCUCUCGUCAACCAUUUUGGUUUGUGGGUAAGCCUCCUCUUGAAGAAAUAUCUGAUCUUGUUGUUUGAUAGUCAUCUGUCCCUUCGCUUUCAGUAUUAUUGUUAAUGGAGUGGGUUGUCAAACUCGUGUAUGAUUAUUGAUCAUUGGUGAAGCCAAUGGCCCUUUCCUAGAUCUAAUCAUUUGGUUUAGACUUGUGGCUGCUUUUUUUUUGUGGCGUUUUCAUAUUUCUGAUCAUUAUCAAGUUUUGGAGAUCUGCUGCAGAAUGGGGGUUUCCAUUUUGGGUGAUUUUGUUCUGAUCGUUACAAUUAAUGGGUACAGUCAAGAUUCCUGACCAAAUGUAUUGUAAUCCUAACUCCUUCCUGAUAAAAUAUGUUCCCAGUACCUGAUGAUAUUGAUUGACAAGUAGCUGGAGCUACCUUAUGGUCCUUUUUUCAGUUUGGCUGUUUGAGGGUUCCCCAUAGCCAUAAGUAGUUCAUCUGCUGCUUGUGCAGCCACGUUUAGGUGCCGUACUUAUCAAAUUCCUUAUGCAGAGUUACUCAGAUGCACUAUGUAUGUCUCUUUCAGCUUAGGAGUUAGGAGUAAUAUAUUGGAGAAGAUAAGCUCUUGCACGAGACAUGUGCACUGAACUGAAAUCACUGUUUACUAAUUGUUGCAGCUGGGGUUUGAGCCUGUACAUUCCUAGCUGAAUUAGAUUUCAGCCUGGGAGCUUUAUUCUCGUUCCUGUGUGAGAAUCUGAAUGCACCACAAAAUGGUACCGAAACUAGAAGCUAUCAAGGGUGGUGGGGGAUCCAUCAAGGUUGGAGCUACUGGAACAAUCAGUGCCCUCAUGACAAGGGAGCUCGAGUCCGCCAAACCUUCUCCGCAAACAUCAAGUCCUCGAGCUCUUAAGCUUCGAACCGCUUCUGUUUCAGUUCCAUGCAGUGUUAGCACCACUCCUAGAAGGCUACAGGCUAAAAAACCAAUGGAUGAAGCAAGUACCAGUGGCAGCAGAACCCCAGAGACAUUGAGGAAGGCUAAACAACAAGCGAAAGGAAGCCAUCGAGUGCCGAUGCUUGGCUCAGAUAAUUUGACUCUGGAGAGAACUCCUGUUAGAGAGAAGAGGAGCAAUAAGAAGGUGAUUAACAUAGUUGAAGUUGUGGACAUCAAAUGUGGUAGCCCUGAUGGAGCAUGGGCGACCCCUCUAACAAGCAAACUCAAGAAGCUUGGUUUCUCAAAGCUAUCCGAGAGUGUCGCCUAGGGAGCUUGUAACUUCUUGGUUUUGGUUUCCAGGUUCUUGUAGUUGAACCCAGACGUGAUUUUUGUCUGAUACAUCAACCAUCGAACAUAUACUCGGCAGUAGCCGGCUGCCUCCUUUCUUUUUCUUCUUUCUUGUUUGUACCACUGAUCUGGAUUGACUGGUACCAGCAGCAGCCGUCCCAGCAGCACUAGACUGAUCCUUGUCCGGGCUUUCUCGGCUGCUUGAUUGAAGCUGGCUUAGAUACCUGAUUUCCUGCAGUAUCAGGGACCUAAUAGUCCCUUAGCCGAUUUCUACCGGAUCUUUUGCAGCCAUGUCUUCAUAAAGCAUCUCUCGCUCCAGUGCUGGACUCAUAGGUGUUUCUUUCUUGGUCGAAGAGGGUUUGGAUAUGAAGAUGGAAAGAAGUGGUCUAGGAAACUUGUAAUGUGAAGUUUAGCCAGCUAGUGGAAAUCAUGAUGUGAAUUUUGGCCAACUUGUUGCAUUCAUGCGGUUUCUACUGGAUUUGGUGACAGUCAUCAGCUUAACAGGAUAACUGCAGUUCCAACUCCAUUCAAAUCCUUAACAGCUAGCUCAGUUCACUUUCCUGUUACUGUCAAAUGUUGGCCAGGAAACAUUAUUAGUGGUGUCGUGGUGAUAUGAAUUCAUAAAAUUCUGGUACCUUGGCUGUUUACUUUUCCAUGCCUUGAAGGAAGUAGCAAGAUAAAUGAAAGAUGUCACACAAAUCCUAUAAUAUUUUUAACCAAGAAGCGACUUCACUUGAAUAAAGUUGAUUUUACAUU